AUGGAAAUCAGUCUCCGAUCUAUCGACUUCAGUCACUUCACAGAUUCCGAAAGAGCUAUUUUCAAUGUUCUGAGAGUCACUCUUCAGUACCCAGCAAACCCACAAGUGAAAGGCGCCAAACUCGCCGACGACAUCAGCUUCUUCCUUUUGAUCCGGUCCCUGGAUAAUCUCCGCCAGCGAGACGACCUAAUCUCGGAUCAUGGCCAGCCGUGGAAGGAGCUCCCUAAUCUAUCGUUCAGCGCAAGAGAACAAUGGAGCGACCCGACCGUUACCGGUGAAGGGCUGAGCGAAGAAUUCGCGAAGUGGAAGAACCUAAAUUCGUUCGUUGCCCGUCUUACAAGCACUGGUUUUGCGCCUUGGCUCCAUCUCCCGAUCUGGCAGCUCAGGACGGCGCUUGAAGAACCACCAGUGGAAGGGUCCGCAAUGGAGUGUCGGUUGUGGGUGGCGAGCGAGUGGAUUAUUUAUUGCGCAGAUCCCAUCUUCAAGUAUAUGACCCCGAAUGAAGAGCUUGACGAGGGCACGGCUCGGGCACUUAGGACAGGCACGCUCUGCGAUGGAAAAUCGCCGCUGGGCGUUGAGCGGUGGGGGUUUUGGAAGAAGCGAUUCUCCAAGUUUGCUGCUGAUGCUAGCGGUCUAAAGCUUGACAGUGCCAUCACUGGACGGAUAUCGAACGCCUUGAACAUCAUGGAUGCAGUUGAAUAA